UUCGGACGAUUUUACUACAAUCAGCUGAUAUAUGUCGCUAUCCGAUAAGAGGUUAAAUAGUGCAUCACGAACAUCGACAAUUUCUCAAAGUUUUUAUGAAAACUGAAAUGGAAUAUUGAACAAAAAGAAACAAGGAGAAGAAAGCGUGCUAUUAUGUUUUAAAAAACAAUAAAAUAUAAAAGGAAUAUAUCAAAGAUGAGGUUUUUCUCUGGUUAAGCAAAACUGCACUCUGUAUAUGUAUUAAUGUAAUUCUGUGCAAGACGAAUCAGAAUCUACCGGAUAUUUUUACAUUUAUGAUGUAUCACAAAUAAGAAUGUAAACGAUGCUGCAAGCUCGUUGGGAACGUUCUCAGAAACGCAAGAAACUCUUGGCCCAAACGCUUGGAGUUUCCAGCGUGGACGAAUUGCGACAAAUUUUGGGAACAGAUGUGGAGGAUACACAAAAAAAGAGAGGCAGAUUGUCCAAUGACAAAUCUGAUAGUGCAAUCAAAGAUUUGAAAGAUGACGCUGCUCCAACGGAUGAGAUUGUGUAUAAAGAUUCUUCGACAUUCUUAAAGGGAACACAAUCGUCAAAUCCACACAAUGAUUACUGUCAGCACUUUAUUGACACUGGCCAGCGGCCACAAAACUUUAUCAGGGAUGUAGGUCUGGCGGAUAGAUUCGAGGAAUAUCCGAAGCUGCGUGAACUAAUCAAAUUGAAAGACGAUUUAAUCGCGGAAACCGCGACUCCACCAAUGUAUCUAAAAACAGACCUGCUGUCGUAUAACUUGAAAGAGCUUAAUUGUAAAUUUGAUGUCAUUCUUAUAGAGCCACCUCUGGAAGAAUAUCAGAGAACAUGCGGCGCGACCAAUGUGCAGCUUUGGAAUUGGGACCAAAUAAUGGAGCUUGAUAUUGGUGAGGUGGCCGCCAACCGAAGCUUCGUGUUUCUGUGGUGUGGUAGUAGCGAUGGUUUGGACAUGGGACGAUUUUGUCUGCGCAAAUGGGGUUUUCGGCGUUGCGAGGAUAUUUGCUGGAUUCGUACAAACAUUAAUAAUCCGGGACACAGUAAAAAUCUGGACAGUAAAGCGGUGCUGCAGAGGACAAAGGAACACUGCCUUAUGGGUAUUAAGGGUACAGUACGACGCUCCACUGACGGUGACUUUAUCCACGCAAAUGUCGACAUCGAUCUCAUCAUAUCAGAGGAGCCCGAUUAUGGAUCUAUCGAGAAACCUGUAGAGAUCUUUCAUAUCAUCGAACAUUUCUGUCUCGGCCGAAGAAGGUUACACCUUUUCGGUCGCGAUAGUACCAUCAGACCCGGUUGGCUUACCGUCGGUCCAGAACUAACGAACACGAACUUCAAUGCGGAUCUUUAUCAGAGUUACUUCGCCAAUGGACAGAUCACUACGGGUUGUACCGAAAGAAUAGAGGCGCUCAGACCAAAAUCGCCACCGCCGAAGGGAAAAGUAUCCGGCCGAGGUAGAGGAGGCUUUAAUCGUGGUAGAGGUAGAGGAAGAUAAAUUAAUAAUUUUAGAAUUCUGCGUUAGAUUUCUUUCGAACAUUAUUAUAAUAGAUAGAAAAAAAUAUAAAGAAUGAUUACGAAGACAUGUGUGACGAAGACAUGUCUCUUGUAAAAUAUUCUCCAAAUAUCUUAGUCUAACAAAUUUUUAGAAUCAAUCUCUAUUCAUGACAGAGAACUCAAAAUAAUUUUUUA